GCCUGCUAUCCAUCAUGGGUAAUGGUUAUGAAAUCUUUCGAAGGCAGGUGGGCAGGAGAGCGAGCGAGGGGUUUGACAAGCUCCCUGCAACGGCGUAAAACGAAAGUUCAACAAUCGUCAAAUCACAGCCAACCAGCUUUCUCCCACAUAUUUUGAUCGCGAUCAAUGUCUCCGUUUUCUGCGCCCAAGCCUUUCUUCCUACACCAGAAAUUGAGCUCCCUUUUCUCAUUCCUUUUGCUCCUCGACUUUCAGGGACUUCCACCCCGCCCUUCCUCUUUCCCCCUUCAUUCUGACGUAUAGAAGAUGAUCGUGGCUUCUUUUUGAGCUCCACAUCUCAAUAGUCCAACCUUGCUAAGUUUUUCUUGGCACAAUUCAGGACUUGGGGAGGCAACUUAAGUUUGCCCACAUUUUAAUUUUUCUAAUGAUUAUGCGAACCUGUUGAUCAAUCUUCACAAACCUCAGUACUCAGGUUUUGUAGGAUGGCAGCUGUCAGCUUCAAAUACUGGGAUGAUUGCGUGGAUCCUGAGGACUUGGAUGAUAUGUGGAUAGAACCUGAUGUCAGUGCAGAGUGGACUGAUGUUGGAGAGACCAAGGGAUCGAAGGUCCACCUCUCGCGCGAUCCUGAUGGUCAUCCUUAUUUAACACAGACCGAGAUGAAGGCUGUGGCAGGAAUUAUCGUACGAAGGCACUUUGUCUCGCAGAUAGACUCGGACAUGCUUUGCGCCAUCGCUGAGCUUGAAAGUGAUCGACAGCCUCUUGCCACAACCUAUCACAAAAAACCUGAAGAGGUCAAGAUGGGAAUCAUGCAAAUAUCACCAAAAACUGCAGAGUGGUUAACCAGGGAGUUGGGUUAUACAGCCUAUCAAGUGGCUGAGAAUUCAAACCUUCUGUAUGAGCCUUUUCUUAAUGUUUAUUUUGGGGCAGCUUAUCUCAAAUGGCUAUCAAAUUUUGACCAAAAAGAAAGGAGUGAAGAGUUCAUGAUUAGGGCUUACAAAGGUGGCACGAAAAAGGCUACUCAUAAGUCAACUUUGCCAUACUGGAAAAAGUAUCUCACUGUUAAGGAAAGACUUCCAUCCAGAAAAGCCUUUGGAGUCUGUUCUGCACCUGCUCCUUCAGCCUCUGCUACUGCUGUUUCACACAACAAAGGAGCAGGUCCUACCAAUACUACUUGGGACUCAAGGACUUCGAGUGAAGACAUGGAAGCAAUGUGGAAUAAUCCUAAUGUGAACAAGGAAUGGACCACAUCUGGUGAGAAAAAGGGGAAAGUCCGGUUGUCUCAUGACAUGGAAAACAAUCCUUAUCUGUCCCGUGUAGAACUAAGGGCGGUUGUAGAAAUCAUUUUUGCGAAGCACUUCAGAACGAGAAGAAUAAAACCUAGUUUUUUAUGUGCUCUCUCUGAGAUGGUUAGCAUGCGAUUUGUGAACGGAAUUGGACAACGCACAGGACUGAUGGGAAUUGAUUAUCCCACAGCAUGCUGGCUUUACAAGGACUUGGGCUUCAAAGGUUACAUUGUAGAGUCUGUUGAAGAUCUCACCAAGCCUUUCGUUUCCGUUUACUUUGGUGCAGCCUAUAUGACUUGGUUAUCAGAGUACGAGGGGAGGGAAAGAACUCCCCAUUUCAUUGUUCAGGCGUAUCUCUCUGGACCGCAGAAUGUGAACCUUCAAGAGAGUGGUCCUCUCUGGGCCAAGUUUGAGGAAGCAUUGAGCCGCUAUGAAGACACUAAAAAGGAGGAUAAGUGCACCAUUCUGUGAGGUUUUAAGCCUCACCUCCCAUGUUGUGACAUGUACAUCCCGAGCACAACAAUAUUGAAAAAAUAAGAGCGCUUCCCCAAGUCAAAGGUGAAAGUAUAUACUGUCUAUGGUUCAACAUCAAUGUGGAGGCUCCGAAUUUGGGUUUCAGUUACUGAUUUUUGAAAUUGAAUUUUCUGUUUCAAAUUUUAUUGCAUUUUUUACUCCCCUUAACAUAUACACCAUGUGUACAAUGAUUAUAUAUAUGCAUAUCAUGUAUUGUUAUUUAUAAACAACUUUAUACAUGUGGCCUGUAUAUCUUAAAUUAAACACAAGAUGUAACAAAAUUUGUAAUAGAAAAUUCGAUAGGUGACUCUCAGUUUUAUGAGUAAUGUAGUUGUAUUUAUUCAUUUUCU